AUGAAGAAGAACAUUGUCUUCUUGAUUCUUCUCUUUCUAAUUCAACUUUCUUUAUCAUUUGCUUCCUCAAAUGAGACUGACCUACAAGCUCUAUUAGCUUUCCGAAAUCUUGUUACAAGUCCCACUUAUUUUUUGGCCAAUAAGUGGACAAAAAAUACCUCUUUUUGCUCUUGGUUUGGUGUCACUUGCACUCGAAAGAGCCAAAGGGUUGUGACCUUGGCACUUCCUAAUUUGCAACUUCAAGGCACAAUUUCCCCGUCUUUGGCCAAUUUGUCCUUCCUCAGUGUUCUCAAUCUCCAGAACAACAGCUUCUGCGGUGGCAUCCCUUUUGGACUUGGCCAAAUGCCUCGUUUUCGAGUGAUUGAUGUUAAAAACAAUCAACUCAACGGAAGUAUACCAACAAAUCUAUUUCAAAACCAGAGAGUUCAAGUAAUUUCGUUGGCUUUCAAUGAACUCAGUGGUAAAAUGUGGAAAGGGCCAUGGUAUGUACCCAAACUCAGAGUCUUGGAUCUCACCAACAAUAGCCUCACGGGUAUGAUCCCUCCUUCUUUUGGAAAUGCCACAAAAAUGAUGAACUUCAUUUUGUCUGGGAAUAGAGUCAGCGGCAACAUUCCAAAGGAGAUCGGUAAUCUGAGCCAACUUGCAGACUUGUCCUUGUUGGAUAAUCAAUUAACAUGUUCCAUUCCCAGUACACUGUUUAAUAUCUCGUCGCUACUUGGCGUAUCUCUGUCAUUCAAUAGCCUUUUUGGUCCUCUCUUGCUAGAUGAAGGGAAUAAUGUGUCGAAUCUGUACUUUUUAAGUAUAUCUAACAACCAAAUUUCUAGUUGCAUUCCUUCCAGCAUAUGCCAACUCACAGAGCUCAAAGUUUUUUCCAUAUCUUUCAACAAUAUAACUGGAGACAUACCGAGAAAUAUUGGUUGUUUAUCCAAGCUCGAGACGUUCUUGAUUGGCGACAAUCCAAUAAAAGGGACUAUUCCUACUUCAUUGGGAAAUAUUUCCACCCUGCGAUAUAUUUAUUGUCAAAACAAUCAUAUAGUGGGGCAAAUUCCUUCAGAACAAGGGAAGCUAUCAAAUUUGAGGCAAUUAAGCUUUGGGAAGAAUUAUAAUCUUAUUGGUCAAAUUCUAGAGGAUAUUUUCAAAAUAUCUUCUUUGGAAAUAAUUGAUCUCAGUUUCAAUAACCUCUCAGGUAGAAUUCCAACCACUACAGGUCUUCAUCUUCCAAACAUUAAGGAUCUUAUCUUGGGAGACAAUCAACUGGAAGAAGACAUUUCAUUGUUCAUAACAAAUGCUUCUAAGCUUGAGAUACUGGAUCUAGCACAGAACUUCUUUGCCGGAACUAUUCCUAACAAUUUGGGGAAUCUCCGUGAGUUGCGAGCACUGCUCCUAUAUACUAAUGAACCAACAGAGCAUGAGUUGCGAUUCUUCAAUUCUUUGGUGGACUGUAGGAUGUUGAAAUAUCUACAAGUGGGUAACAAUCCAUUGAUUGCCGUUCUGCCCAAUUCUAUUGGGAAUCUUUCAUCUACUAUUGAAGACUUUCAUAUAGCAGAUGCACACAUCAAUGGCCUGAUCCCCACAAGUAUAGGCAACAUGACCGGUCUUACAUCCCUAAGCCUCCAAGGAAACAACUUGACAGGGAGUAUUCCUUCUGAUGUUGGUAAGCUUAAACAACUUCAAGGGCUGUAUCUAUAUAACAAUAAAUUGCAGGGACAUAUUCCAGAGCCAUUUAUCUAA